GUUAUCAAAAGGAGGGAGCGAGCGGUGGGGGAGGGGGCGAGGAAGAGAGAUAGAGAGAUCGUUUCUUCGAUUCGAAUCGACGCAAUAGGGGAUCGCUUGCGGCGUGGGAAUCGCCGCCCGGGGGUUCUUGAUCCGUUUCUUGCUCCAUCGGGAAACCCUAAAGGGUCUCCCCUUCGAUCAUCUGUGGUCCCUCUUUGGCUUUGCGUUUUCCGAUCGCUGCGGUCUCGAUCUGAGGCUAGUAUAGUGGAGAACGUAGGUUUGGUUCGGUGCGUUUCGGAUCUCAAGAUUGGGCUGAAGGAAUUGGAAGUAUGUAUAUUGAGGAGUUGAGGGAGGGGGACACCGAGGGCGGGGGAGGUGAGCAGGAGAGAUCGAUCUUGGAGGUUUAUGGCCGAAGGAAUGGGCUUCUGUAUGUGAAGAGGGCGGUGGUCGGAGUCGGGGCUCGGGUUCUCUUUUACCCGACGCUGAUGUACAACAUUGUGCGGAAUAAGAUCGAGCCCGACUUCCAUUGGUGGGAUCGAGUCGACGAGUUUCUAUUAUUAGGUGCUGUUCCAUUUCCUACUCAUGUUCCUUGCUUAAAGCAACUUGGUGUUUGUGGAGUAAUUACAUUGAAUGAACCAUAUGAGACCCUAGUGCCUACCUCAUUAUAUGUGUCUCAUGAUAUUGAGCAUUUGCGGAUACCAACAAGAGAUUACCUUUUUGCUCCAUCAUUUGGAGACAUUUGCCAAGCUGUGGACUUCAUUCACAGAAAUUCCACCUGUGGGAAAACAACUUAUGUUCACUGCAAAGCUGGUCGAGGACGCAGCACAACCAUUGUUCUCUGUUACUUGAUGCAACACAAGCAAAUGACACCAACUGCUGCAUAUGAAUAUGUCAAAUUAAUUAGGCCAAGAGUACUUUUAGCUUCUGCCCAGUGGAAGGCUGUCCAAGACUACUAUAAUCUGAGAGUGAAUACAGUUGGAAGGUCGGUCCACCCCUUAGAUCUCAUUUCAAACCCACCUGUUCUAGCAGCAACUGGAAAUUUUGCAGCUUUGGAUGAGAGCUCCUUCGAGGUGGUAUCACGAUCUGACCUCGAUGGGUAUGACACAAACACAAACAUUGGGAACACCGUGUGGGCAGAGCUGAGGUUAGUGUACAGGGUGCAACAUGCUGGGCAAGCAGCCCUUACGAGGUUCUCAUGUUUCUUGAUCAGGUGUCACCCACGUGGGAGACUCAGCAACUCCAGAAUGACGAUCCCCGUUUACUGCGAGGGUUAGUAGUAGUGAAACUGUAAAUAAGUCACCGACUCGUGGAUCGUUCUCCUUUUGUUUGUGUCUUUGUCAAGCAUGUAUGUGUUUACGGUCUCUUAUAGAGGCUAUGUACCCAAUACUUUUUCCACGACGAGUCCUCUUUCAAGGUGAUGUAAGAUUCUCGAAGGCCUUCUCCACCAAGUUUUUAGCCUGGCGGAGAAGGGGAAAUAUGGCAGUGGGAUCCAUCAGCUUUGCUUCAUACA